AUGGGGAAGCUCUGGCGUCUCACAUUUCUUGCCCUUCUUUCGGUCGUAACGGCUACAGGUGCUGGCAAGGACACCUAUGAUUAUAUCGUCGUGGGUUCCGGUCCGGGUGGAGGCACAUUAGCUGCAAAUCUCGCAAAGGCUGGGGAAUCUGUGCUCCUUCUCGAGGCUGGAGAUGACCAAGGCGAAAACCCGGCAGAGAAGGUUGCUGGCUUGUUCCCCUUAGCUGGCGGCGACCCGCUUAUGCGUUGGGAUUUCUUUGUCAAGUAUCAUUCGGAUGAUGCAAUCACUCGACGAUACGAACACUUGACGUGGAGAACUACUGAUGGGCAGUUCUACGUCGGUACCAGCCCGCCAGCAGGUGCCACACAGCUAGGGGUAUACUACCCCAGAGCAGGAACGCUGGGCGGCUGUUCCACGCAUAACGCAAUGUGUGCUACACUUCCUAGUAAUAGCGAGUGGCAGCAUAUCGCCGAUAUUACAGGCGACGACUCCUGGAGUGCCAAAAAUAUGCGCAAGCAUUUCAUCAAUCUGGAAAACGAUCACCUUGUACCGAAAGGAACCCCUGGUCAUGGAUUUAACGGCUUCCUCGACAUCAGCGUGAACACUGAUGAGUUCCUACAAAACCAGACUGAAGCUAUUGAGGUCUUGAAGGCUACAGCCAAGAUCAUGGGACAGGAUCCUAACAAGGUAUUCCAACAUCUUCAGCGUGAUAUGAAUAGUGACGACCCGGAUCGUGAUCAACAAACGGGAUUGUUUGGGUUCCCGGCUCACAGAGACUUGGUCGGCAAUCGAGUCAGUGCGCGAGAUGCGGUUGUCCAAGUUGCGAACGCACAAGGUCCACGCGGCUCCAAAAAAUACGCUCUCACCGUGGGAGUGAACUCUUUUGUCACCAAGGUCCUUUUCGAUAAGCCAAAAAGCAACCGUGAUGAUCCUAGAGCGACGGGUGUAGAAUAUAUCGCAGGUCAGAGCGUGUAUAGCGCGGACCCACGGUACAACUCCAGUAGCCAGGGGACUAAGAAGCAGGCAUUUGCAAGGAAAGAGGUCAUAGUAUCCGGCGGCACAUUCAAUAGUCCGCAGAUUCUCAUGCUCAGCGGUAUUGGACCCAAGGCCGACCUCACGAAGUUGAAUAUUCCUGUUGUCGUGGACCUCCCAGGUGUCGGAACAAAUCUCCAAGACAACACCGAGUUUGGCGUUGCUGCUGGGGCAUCACUCAAUUUCACGAGCAAAGGUCCUGUCUGCACAUAUGGAGCUCCGGGUGACCCAUGCCUUGCCGCAUGGCAUCAGGGCAAAGGGCCAUAUGCACAAGGCCCACUCGCUGCGCUGCUAGCUACGUCGAGCGUUGCCGUAAAUAAUGAGCGAGACUUGUUUUAUAUGGUCUUUCCUGGAGGCACGUUCCGAGGUUAUUGGCCAGGUACAACCGUGAACCAGGUUCCGGGAGAUGCUCCAAACACCUUCGACUUCUCACUGGUCAAGAUGGGUUCUAAAGGGAACUUGGGCACCCUCAAACUCGUUUCCAACGACCCUCGAGACACUCCUGAAAUCAACUUUCGAUUCUUUGAAGGAGGAGGACAAGUGGACUUGCAGGCUAUUGAAGACGGUGUAACACUCGGGCGAAAAAUCUAUGACUCGGUACCAGGUCCCGUGGGUCCCUUCACCAAGGAGGUUCUUCCUUGCACUGGCGCCCGAAACUGCGAUGUCCAAGAUGAGAUCAAAACUCAGGCUUGGUCACAUCAUGCAACUAGCACCUGCGCUAUUGGGGCUGAUAGCGACCCUAAGGCUGUCCUAGAUUCGAAGUUCCGAGUAAGAGGGACGAGGGGAUUGAGGGUGGUGGAUGCUAGUGCAUUCCCAAAAACGCCAGGAGCUUUCCCGGUUGUGCCAACAUUCAUGCUUGGGAUGAAGGCUUCGGAGGUUAUUCUGCAGGAUUCAAAGAAGUGGUAG